UUUGAGCUCAGACAUCCGUAGCAUCAGAGAGUGAUCGGAUGUGUCGUCGGCGUUGCAACUUAGUUCUCUUCUCGUACAAGCAUCGCAAGCAUCACAGCUCCGUGUAUCCACCAUGAGAAUCUAUAGGUUACUAUGUCGUCAAGCUCGAGUUCUCAUGGAAGAGAGACUCGAUUAUUACUCUCAAUUUAACCCUUCACCGUUGUCCAUGCAACAAUUCACGGAUUUUGGUGUGAAUGCCACCAACACCGAUUCGUUUUUGUUCCUGCGUAAGGAACUGCCAGUACGACUUGCAAACAUCAUGAAAGAAUUCCAUCUUUUGCCAGAGAAACUCCUGCACAUGCCGUCUAUGUGUGCAGUGAGGGACCUCUACCGCAUGAGUUUUAAGGAUCUUCUUGAGUUUGAAAAUGGCACUGGCUCCAAAACUACAAGCCUUGACAAAUUCACAGAUGCUCUCAUAAAAAUCCGGAAUCGACACAAGGACGUAGUGAUGACGAUGGCCCAGGGAGUGAUGGAGUUGAAGGAAGCUCAUUCUAUUAAUGCCAACACUGAAGCCAACAUCCAGUACUUCCUCGACAGGUUUUAUAUGAACCGCAUCUCCAUCAGGAUGCUCAUCAACCAACACACAAUUCUCUUUGGUGAAGGCGUCAACACACAGAACCAUAUAGGAUGUAUCGACCCCCAUUGUGAUGUUGUUCGUGUAAUAGAAGAUGCGUACUCUAACGCCCGCUUUCUCUGUGACCAGUAUUACCUUGCCUCUCCAGAACUUGUCCUCAAGUAUCAUAAUGAAAAGGACAGGGCGACAAAAACCAUUAAAGAAGCUGGAGAACCAGUGGACAAGACUCCCGUAUCUGUUGUGUAUGUUCCAUCUCACCUUUACCACAUGCUGUUUGAGCUCUUCAAGAAUGCCAUGCGCGCUGUGGUGGAGUACCACAGCCCUGGUGCAGAUGUGUUCCCCCCUGUAGAGGUGCUUCUAGUCAUGGGUCAAGAGGAUCUUACAAUAAAAUUGUGUGACCAAGGUGGUGGCAUCCCCCGUAGCCAAAUGGACCUACCUUUCAACUACAUGUAUUCAACGGCUCCACAACCAGCUGUGUCAGGGCUGGAUACACCUCCUUUAGCUGGUUACGGAUAUGGUCUCCCACUCUCCAGAUUGUACGCUCGCUACUUCCACGGAGACCUGAUGUUAACGUCUUGUGAAGGUUAUGGGACGGACGCCAUAAUCUUCUUAAAGGCACUUUCAAGUGAAGCCAAUGAAUUGCUGCCAGUGUACAACAAGACUUGUCAGAGACAAUACUCAACUCCCGUCCAGACACAUGAUUGGUCCUCACAGAUGCACUCGGCCAUGUUUAUACGACCAUUUUCUACUAACUCCAAACCUAAGGCUCAACAGGUAGGCAGCAAUACCAUUUUAAAUAGGGAUUGUACUGUCACACAGUAGAAAUAUUCCUCAUAUCAAAGGGGCAGGGCGAGGGUAUAAGUUUUAUGAAUUACUUCUAAGUUCAAAUAUGUAAAAGGUCUCGCUUCUCCGAGUUAACUUGAUAAUGGAGAACUCUUGGGAAUUUGACCCAGCAUUGUAAUAAUACACUUGACAUUGACAAGUCAAUUGGAAGGUUAAUGUGUUUUUCUUUUAUUGCCUGUUCCUGGACGUUGCAGUAUAGUUUUGUUUUACGUACCGUACAGAUGUACAGUACUAUUCAUUUGGAACUGUUCCUGUAGAAGUAUUUCAAGGCUUGCUUCAACUAGAUUGGUACUCAAUAUUGUCAUUGUUAAGUUCCACCUAGAUCUAUGGAAUUGUUGCAUAAAGUUUCCAGAUACAGGUACUUUGAGGAGCAAAGGAAAUCCAGUGUAGAAAUUGAGGUUUCAUUUUCAAUGCAUUUUUAAAAGACAAAAGCAUUUAUAUAAAUAAAAUAAUUAUUAUAAAGCUUGCAGUGCAGUAUAUCAGGAGGAAUCUUAUAAAAUGCUGAAUAUGAGAACUGUUGUGUGGCAUAAGUUUAUAUUUAUUAAUUAUUCAGAGUUAAGAAGAAAUUAAUCUUCCCUGUAAUGUAUUGUACUAUCAGUAAAGGCACAUUGAUAAUUUAUGAGAAUGACGUCAUCCUCUUGGUGCUGUGUGGUACCUCUGAACAGUACGGAGUCCACAAAGAAAAUCUGUUCCUUGUAUGGAAUAGUUUUGUUUUUGAGAUUACACAGUGUAACAAUUUCACAUAGUACUGUAUGUAAAAUAACUGAGAGAGUGUUUUACAUAAAUUUCAGGCAUUUAAAUGUAGAUUUUGAUUGAUUUCAGUUGUUUGGUUUUGCAUUUUGUAGUGGGUCAGUGAGUGGACUGCCAGUGAUAGUGAACACUAUGCCGUCUGUCAAUGCUGUGGACAGUCAUACAAUUAAGCUUUUUAUUUUAAUUUCAUUGUGUUUAAUGGUGAAUAUUGAAAGUAGUAAAAAUGCAUUAUUGAUGAAUGAUCAUAAACAAGGUCACUUUUGAUGUAUGAAACUUAUUUUACUUUCAGACUAGAAGUUGUUUUUAUUGUGUUGUUUUGACACUGCUUUCCACUGAUUUGAUUAUCAUUUAAUAUAAAUUAGUUUCACAUGUUAGUUAUGGUUUAGUGUGUGUUCCUUGUUGACAAUGCAAUUACUGUACAGUAUUGUAUAAGGUUGAAAAUUUAAAAGUAAAUGAAGAUAAUUUCUGGGGAUGAAUUUGGAGGUGGACAAUAUUGCUCAGCCUAACCAAAUUUUAGUACAGUACAAUUUUCUUUAAAAUGUUUGCUAUACAGGUACUUCAUUAUUUGUAAUACUGUAUUGAGAACCAGUCCUGUUCAUGAGAUUAUAAGCUGUUUGAACUUAAUUAUGAUUACAUUUUAAUUUAAAGAAAAUAAAUCUUAGAAAAGAAUAAAAAAAAGCAGAAAAUGAAAUAUAAUUUUCUUUUAUAUAUCUCAUCUCAGUGUAACCAAACAAUGCAAAAAGUAAAUUAUUUGAGUAUUUUAAUAUAUGUGUACUGUAUAAUGUGAUGAUUACAUUUUAAUUUAAUUAUAUGAAGCAGGUGUAUUUUUAACCUGUUUAUGAAUUGUGAAUGUUCCUCAAGAUAACCUUUGUAUAUAGAGAAACCAUUAUAUUUUUUAGUAAAUCUUUAGGUUGGAUCAGUUGGGUUAUGUAUGUAAAUUGUGACCUAUGUUAUACUUGUACUGUACCCCACACUACUACACUCUUGGUAAUAACAAUUAUUUAAGUACAGUAUAAUUUUAUUUAAAGUAUAGGUUUACAAAAUACAAUGACCCAAAGUAUAUGGUAUGUUAAUUGUUCUCUUUCCUUGAGAUUGUAAACUUUGAUUGGGUUUUUAUCUCGUGUCGGACUCUGUAAUAAGAUACGACUGCAGUAGGUUACACAAGUAUUUUAUUUCUUAAAGGUCUGUGUAUAUUUUAUGACUUGGGACCCAUCUGUUGGGAAUUUCUGUAACAUUUCACGGAGUAAACCGCACGCAUAUUAACAUUUUAUUGGAAUAUUAAGUGAAUAAGUUUUGUGGAUUUUUUUUAAUGAAAUAUGACAAAAUAUUCUACCUCUGAAAUAUUUAUAAUUACAUGCUUGUGUUAAACUGAAAGUGAUUGAAUUUGACAAAUAUGAAGAGACAGUAUUAUUAAUAAGAAACCUCAGUUACUGAGUUUGUGAUGAGAUAUGAACAAGGUUUAGACGAUGCUGGAAAUUUUUAUGAUGAAACAUUUCAAACUAAAUGAUAAUAUACUGUAAGUGUCAAAUAUCAGUGCUUUCUAGUUUAUAUCAGAAGUGUUAACUGUUUUCAGGGGAAUCGUGCAUUGGCUGAUUGAUUAGUAACUAAAAUAUACUAUUGACAAAUGAUGCCUCUUGAGGAAAUACCGUAAUCUUUGAGUCAGUUUUUCUUACUGAAUAUUCUAUCUGCCUUUUGGUUUUCAUCUUAAGCUUAACAGUGAUGCAUAAUAGGUCAUAAUAUAUCAGUCUUUGUACUUUGAAUUACUUUAAAGACAAUGAAUAGGGCAUCUUUAAUAUUUCAAAAUAUCAAAUGUGCUUGUAGCCAACUUGUUCCCUCACCCAAACCAUUAGUCUCUAGUAAAGCAGCUUUGCAGAGGAUAAAUUUAGAGAGUGCACAUUGAACUGUCGGGUGCUGCAACACUCCUGUGGUUUUAAUCACUUCUUGGUGCAUCUUUGUAUGGGGGUAAAAUAUAUAAGGAGUGAGUUAGUUUUAAAUGCUUUGGUGCUGUGACACUUGUACAGUAGAGUGUGUGUGUGUGUGUGUUUACCAUUUCAUAUCUCAUCACUUGUCUCUGUUGAUGGGACUACUUGACGAAGCCAAAUAGUAUCUUCCACUUGUACUUUAUGUACCUCAAUGCACAAUGACAUUUAAGAUUACUAUUUUUGUAUGGGCUACUCAAUGAAAUGAAUAGUUUAGUAGCUACGAUACACGAUUGAUAAUGAAACAUCAUGACCACUUUGGGAAUUUAAGAGUGACGAACUUUUAUUUCUUCAGAGAAAUAGUAUUGUACAGUAUAGCAAUGUUCUGUAAAAUUAUGCUGAAAUAACUUGUUUGGUGUUCCCUUGCAAAUGAUAUCAUAUCAAGAAGGUUGUAAAAUGACAAAACUGUACAUUGUUGAAGUUAACUUUAUGAUAAAUAGGAUUGAGUACCUUGAAAAGAUAAGGAAACCCACUCAAAAAUUACUUUUAAGGAACAAUAUAUGUUUUUAAAGGUGGAUAAACAGUCAUUCAAUAUAACAUUAUAAGGUUUACAUCACAAACAAGUAAAUUUUGCUCUUGAAUACUGUACUCAAAGUUAGUAUUUCCAAUGGCAGGGUGUCAAGUGCACUGAGUGCCUGUAAUACUAUACGUACCUUGAAAAUAUGUACUGUAUGAUUCCACCCAUGGUUUUAAAACAAUGAAACAUUUAUAUAUUCUUAAAGGUAGGUUAUUAUGUAAAUGAAAAAUAAGUGGGUCCUGUAGGCAUGAUGGCUCAUGGUUGAUGGGCGAAUUGUAUACUGUACUUUUUUUAGAUCAACUUUUGUGUUGAAAUCUUGUGAACUGCAUCAUUACCAAACAUUGCAAAUAGCAUAGAACUGUUAUACAGAAGGUAGAAGCACACUAUGUGAUAAGAAAGUCCUAGCAUUGUGUAACAUAUGACUGACACUGUUUCUCAGGCUGCACUCCUAAGAUAGAUACCAGAAGACAUUUGAGACCUUGUCCGUGACAAUUGCCCAAACACACUCGAGGUCUUCAUAUCUUCAAAAUAAGGCUAUACAAUACAUUAAUUUGAUGAAUCUUUGAGUUGUUAACAGUUCAAUAUACAGUAUUCUAUUUCAGUUUCAGCUUAAUUAAUGAUAGCUAAUAAUACAUGUGAGUUUUUGCUUUGUAUUGCAUAAUCCCAUUAGUUGUUUAUUCCUUUAUAUAAAUGUUCCAAGUACAGUAUCUAGCAAUGAAGUGAUGUUGAUUAGCACUACAACUAGAGUUUCUUAGGUGUUAUAACUAGAACAAGAAAAUGUAGCCUGGGAACUGAUUCUAAGAUAACAAUUGAGACUAAUUUGAUUAGUUUGUAGGUCCUCUAAAUUUAAACCCAAUUUUUUUUUGUACUUGACUUUCAUUGCAUGUUAGUGAAAGCAAGGGGCGAUUAAUAAGAAAGGCAUCAGUUUUACUAGGAAAUGGAGGGGGGUAGUGGAUUCUUACAUAUCUAGCAUGGUUCAAAUGUGGAGUACAGUUCAAGAUACCAGUGAAACAUAUACUGUUGUGUAUACUGUAUAGUUAUCACUAGUAGCAUUGUUAGGGUAAAUAGGGGUGCAACUGAUUCCUGUGUUACUUGCAAUGCACUGGGUAUGUGUGCUGCCCUUCUUAAAGGGAUCAACUGUCUGCCAACUUGAAAGCAGAUGAACUGUUAGUUGUAGGUAGCCUGUAAAUAAUAAUGAGUACCGAGCAAUGUAAAACACCACUACAUUGAUAUCCAGUUAUAACUUUUGCUUCAUUGGUCAUAAGAGCACCAUUAUACUGUAGUUUGUUUUUAACAUCUUGAAUAAAUUUUUUGUCUUUUAGCUUUUCAUGAAACUGUAUAACCUGUUUGAAGUAGUACUGUUGUUAAAUUGUAAUAUGACAGUCAUUUUUAGUGUUGGUUAAACUAGAUUUGACAAGUUUAGUACAGUUACUAUAUAGGUACAUAAGUGUAACCCAUUUAGUGUAGGGAGUACGAUAUGUGUUUUGUGUGCACCCAUCAGUGUUGAUUUGUGUACAAGUCACCUGUAUAUCAGUGUUCAACUAUAAGUAUGGGGGGAUUACUAUCAUGUGGACUAAUAGUGAAAAAUUUAAUGAUGUAUUACUGUGUAGGCACAUGCAUACAGUAUUAUUACAUGUAUGAACAUACUUGUGAUGGCAGUUUAGAGUUUAUGUAGGUAAGUGGAGCCAUAGGCGUGAAUUGUGUAAAAGUGAGUAAUGUACAAUGGUGUAGAACCACAGAUAUGGAUGUUUACAGCAAUAUCAGAUUGGUAUAUAGCACAUACUUUACCUGACAGGCAGGAAGUGUACAGACCCCUCAUAUGUAGAUUGUUUACAGGAAAAAGAUAUUUUGUAUUAACAUAUGUUGACUUCGACUAACAAAAGGUUGAAUUUAUAAUUAAAAUAUGUCGCUAGUUUGCCAUUUUUUUUAUAUCAUUGAUAAUAUGUCAAUAUCGAUGACAGAUGGACAAUUUAAAUUAUUAAUCAAACCUCUUGUUAGUAUCAAAAUAUGUUAGUCAGUAUACAAUAAUAUAUUUCCUUCGUGUAAACUCUACAUAUGAGGGGCCUCAGCACUUCCUGCCUAUGGCUCUGCUUACAAACAAACUCUUAACCUGAAGUUUUUUUUUAUUUCAAAUGACAUUAAUAAAAAUAAUAUUGUAAUACAGUUUUCCUUUAUUUUGCUAAAAAGUGGAUAUAUCUUCAUCAGAUGGUCCUAGGAAUAGACUCCUCAAAAAGGUGCCUGGUCCAAGUUUUCUCCACGUGAAAGGUGAAGUUUUCAGGGUUAUGAGUCGGAUAACCUGAUACUUUACUAACCAAAACUGAUUUACUUGGUGAGAAGAGUCAUUUAAGUACAAGUUGGGCAGAAAAUCAGGGUGCCCCCUCAAUGAUUGUGUACAUGAGAGAUUUUAUUUAAUGUUUUAUAACAUAUUGAUAUGUAAUUAUAUUGGCACAUACUAAAAAAAAAUUCAAAUAAUUAUCCAAAAUGUCUUUGUUGGCCAUCAUUUUUAUGACAGGAAUGUUACAUUUCUUUGAACAAGAGACAAAUAUAUUGGAUUACAUUAAUCAAACAUUUUGUUAGUCUUUGUCAAUACUGUAUAGUACAGUAUUUAAAUUUCAUUAUGCAACAAAAAUCUUUGAGAGGGUACCCAGAAUUUAUGCCCAACUUUUACAACAAAUAAUUUGUGGAUGUGCAUGAAGCAGUAUGACGAAUGGGUAUUUCUGAUAAGCUGUUGAGCAGCAUAAAACCUACACAGUGGUAGAAGUACAGCAGACAUUUACAUCAUCUUGGCACUUCCCGUUAUCACACCAUUUCAUCUUUAUGAAUCACUGCAUAUAUUCACCCACUGUAUACUCAUGGGGCCAUUUCUGAAAGGUACACAGUGUUUUUAAUCAUGCAUUACUUAUAUACAUACAAAAAGAUGUGUGUCAAGACUGAAUGUCACACUUAAAUAAAAAAUGUAUUGGAAAUGUAUGUACUGGAACCCUGGACAUUAAAAAUUGAGUGUAUCCAAAAGAAAAAUAUACAGUUCAUGUAUCCUACCUUUCGGAGCUUCAGUGAUAAUAUUGUCUUAAAGAGAUUAUUUUUUUGUAAUUUUGUAUUGUAAGACAGGAAGUCAAAUCUGCUUCACCAUGCUAAUAUAUCUGGCAGAGAGAGACAUGUUACUCUUGCAAUAAUUAUGCAUCUAAAUGCGAAAUGUUUCGCACCAUAAUUGAAAUUGCUGUUGCAAAUACAUACUCUUAUGAUCCA